AUGCGGCGUGAGAUCGACAUCCGUCACACCGAUGCGGAGUAUUAUCAUUCGAUUCAGGAUAUAACUGGUGGUUACCAAGAUCCUUUUGAACGAUAUUUCGCAUGGCAAUCGGAGCUGAAAUACAUCCCCGCGAUUCGCCGUCGAUUAACCAAAGACUCGCAUUAUGUCUCUGUGAUGCACUCGCGAAAGGCUGGUGCGAUGAAGAACUGA